GUCUCUUGGACGUGAACCGAGUCCAAUGGAGCUGUUUCUAGAGACGCAUGUGCGGAGUCAAGACCGCCAAAAGGGGGUGCAGCAGUUCGUGGACAACCGUGCUCAGCACUUCGUGGAGACCUAUAAUAGCCGGUUGAGGGAGAGAUAUGGGGACAAUCCGUCGACCCAUCCAGAUUUCGAUCCAGAUUUGUGGAUGGAGGUGGGAUCGUCUGGUGGACCCGAUAAAAAUAGGGUCUACGGGCUCUCCAACACUACGGCUGACAACUUGCGGUCGACUCGUAGUGUCUCAACUGUUGGAAGCUCUCCAUCAGUAUCGAACACCCAGUCUGAGGAGUUCAUUGCGUUGAAACAACAAUAUCAACAACUCUCGAUGAAUUAUGAUGAGCUCUGUCAAAUAGUCAUGGAGAUGAGAUCAAAGAUGGGUGACGAUACUUGUGCAGCUUCUUUUUGGCCGUAUGGUCCCGGGAACAACCAGCCUCCUCCUCCUCCUCCGCCUCCUCCUCCAGCUCCGCCGCUAUUCUAGUUUAAUUUUGCUUUUUAAACACAUUAAAUUUGUAAUGAAUAUUAUUUAACAUUAC